UCCCGGCAAAUAUGUCUUUUCUUUUCCUUUCAGUCAUUUUGUUUUCUCUGUCUUUGGCUUUCGGAAAUCCGGGAAAAGAUGUCAGCGAGUGGGAAAAAUUGCGAGCAGACGAUAUGAAACUGUUUCAUUCCUUGAAACAGGAACUGAACACAAUACGAGUGGAAAACCAACAGCUCAGUUCGGAUAAUCAGAAACUUUCUGAGAGGCUCAGCGCGUUGGAAUCAACAGAUAGCUUACACAGGUUAGGGCGACAGACUGGAUCCAACGUGGCGUUUUAUGCAAUUAUCAGACAAAACAUUCCACACGUUUCGGAUCACCAAACUCUCCACUACGAAUACACCUACACUAACGACGGUAACGCUUACACUCCAAGUACGGGUGUUUUCACGUGCCCUACGUCGGGGACCUACGUUUUUCACUGGAGCAUCAACCAGGCUGUCCCCACGAGUGGAUUAGGUGGCACAAUCACCACCAGUCUUCUGAAUAACGGCCGCUUUGUGGGCAUGCUCCAGACCGGCGACAACAACGUACCAGCCUCGAGUUCAAACUCCGCCAUAUUGAAUCUACGUGUUGGGGACCGGAUUUACGUGCAAGUAACCCAGGCUAGCAGUGACGCCUACAUUGGCCAGACGUACUCUGGUUUCUCCGGCUUCAAAUUGUUUUAAGAACAUAUUGAAAUAUAUUUCAAAAUCCCAGUGUUCAGAUACUUUUAAUUGUAGACAUUUGCUCAAUGAUUAAAUUUCGGGGCUGAAAUUUCAAUUAAUUAUACAGUAUGUUUAAAUACUUGUGAGAGACGUAUUUUAGCGUUCAUUCGCAAAUAGAAUCGAGCGCAAAAAUCUUGACUCACAAAAAUGUAUAUAAACGCAGGCGCAUAGCUGCCUAUACGCUGUCAUGCAGGUGAAUCCACCAAAUUUUUAAACAGAAAAAAACCCCAAAGAAAACAAAAACGCUGCUUGUUGUACCCCUUGCCCCCUAGCAAGGCCCUGUCCUGGACAAGUUCUUAAAUUAAUCCACUCCGAACAAGGGCUAGUUAUGACCUUGGAUCACAUGUAGAUAGUAUUUUUUAAUUGUUUAUUUCGUGAACUUAAACUCUUGUAAAUAAAACAUUUUACAAAACAAUUGCUGGAAAAAAAACACAUUCGCAAAUGUUAUGUGAUUUUUAGUUGAUGUUCGACUUCCGAGGGUCAUAUUGUCUAAAAUGAUAACAGAUUUGCUUAAUGAUAAAGCUUUAGGGCUCAUUUUGUAGGAGACGUACUCGAUGGGUAAAUCAAGAUGCUCCAUCAUCGGGAUCAAAAUUGUCUUUAAUUUAAUUUGUUUAAAUUAUUGUUGUAGUCCGAAAGUGUUCUAUUUUUU